AUGCAGAUCGGCCUAUACAUCCGAGUGUGCAUCGAGCUGCUUACCUCUGCCAUAGGCAUAUUCGGAAACAUCACUUGCUUGGUGGCGCUCUUUCGAGUCCGAUUGCAAUCUGACCGCUCCUACAACCCACUCGUACUACUUCAUCUGCUGCAGGCAUUUUUUGAUCUGCUCAUCUGUAUGCAUGGACUAUGCAGUCCUCUCGAGGCGUUUGCGCUUUCAAUUUUCACCUGCCUUACUUUGGUACUGCGCCCGCUCAUAUGGUUUUUCUACUGCCUACGUCUCUAUUGUACCUUCCUUUUGGCCGGUAUCAACUUCAUCCGUCUUCUACACCCUUUCAUCAAAGCUCCGGCUCAGCUCCUUCUCAUGGUCUUCUUUACAUGCAUUGUCUGCUUAAUCACCGCUUCCAUCGGAAUGCUGCCUCUAUUGAUAGAGCCAAGGUUUGCUGACGGCCUCUGUCCCACUUUAGGGGCAAAAGGUCAGAAAGAUGUUUCCCCUGCAGGUGACAGGGCAGCAGUAAUCCACCUCCUUAUUCUUUUUAACUUGGCUAUCAACUUUCUUGGCCCAUACUCAGCCAUCUUUCAUAUGUACCGCAAAAUCCUAGCUAGCCUCGGCAACAGCGACGACGAAACGCGGCAACUUGCCUAUCAAGAGCUGAAUAAAACAUAUCUCCUUGACUCUCUGUUUUUGGGAGUCUGCAACUUGCCUCUAAAUUUGUACUGUUUAGUAGCUCUUCAUCAAUCAGCUAACAGGCCAACAGUUCUUUUUUUGGCCACCUAUCCAUCAAUUGUCUUCGCUACAUUCUACCCAUUCCUAUCGCUGGCCUUUCGGCGGAUGUACAAAAAGGCUAUUAUGGAGAACUCUAAUUUUUUUGUAAAAUUUCUGCUCAAUAAGAUCACUACGGCCUAA